UACAAAGGAACAGAAGUGAAAAACCCUGUCGCGCGAAAAAGAAAAAAACUGCCCUUCUCCAUCGCUGAAAGAGAAAACGGCCCGCGACUGAAACAAAAUCGUCGAAAAAAAUACGUCUUUGAUUUUUUACGCUCUUUUCCAUCACAUGCCCUUCUCUGUCGGAAAAAAAUGCGUUUGAAGGGUUACGGGCAGCGCGUAGAAAUCGAUUAACUGGAGCAUUUUUGCAAGUUUUUGGUCCUAAAAUAGCCGCGAUUUUCCCUAAGGCGAGUGACUCGCAUAGGGUUUCCCGCUGCGAUUCCUGUGCAAUUUGCUGAAAAAAUUCUCGGCGCUCUACUAAGCAUUUCAGAAUGAAGCUGACUUGCUUGAAUACAGGAAAAGGUUACCAUUUUCCAGCUUGCCAUUUACUUCAGAUGUGCGGGGUUCGGAUCCUACUGGAGUGUCCUCUCGAUUUAUCCGCCUUGCAGCUCUUUGUGCCCCUUAAUUCCUCUUUGGGCGAUCUAUAUCCGCAACGAAACCAUCGAAGGAUAAUCACUGAGGGAAAUGGACGAUUGAACUGUUCAGAGUCCUCACCGUUUAAAUAUUUUGAGGGUUCGGUGCUGAUAGACGCAGAGCCUUGGUACAAAAUGGCAGAUGACUUGCAUCUGUGGGACCUUUCCCUGAUCGACGUGGUCUUGAUUUCCAGUCCUGCUGGCAUGCUUGGCUUACCUUACCUUACUCGCAACAAGAGCUUUACUGCAAAAAUAUAUGCUACAGAGGCAACUGCUAAGGUGGGCCAGCUUAUGGUGGAAGAGCUUCUUGCCAUGCAUUUAGAGUUUGUACAGUUAUAUGGUCUAUCAAAUACUGUGUUACCUUUAUGGUUGGACUUCAGAGAACUUGAAGCAACAUCAGUGAAGUUACGAGAGAGACUGUAUGGGGAAGAUGGCAUUGGUAUUGGGAACUGGCACCCCUUAUACAGUGCAGCAGAAGCUAAAAAUUGCAUAAAGAAAAUUCACCCACUUCGAUUAGCUGAGGAAAUAUGCUACAAUGAUACACUAGUCAUUAAACCAAUCAGUUCAGGAUUGGAAAUUGGUGCUUCAAACUGGAUGGUUAACGGCCCCAGGAGAAGCCUCACAUACAUUACAGGAUCUGUUAUUGGCACAGGCCAUGCAAUGGGUCUUGAUAUUCCUUCUCUGCAGGGAACUGAUUUGGUUUUAUUUUCAGAUUUUUCACCUCUGAGUGAAACUGAUAGGCCAACUGGGGUUAAAUCUGGACACGAAAAACAUGACACUAAUGACCCUACAAAUUCAGUGGUUCCAAAGUUCAGAUACAGAUUUCCUGUUUAUGGACAAGUAAAGUCAUUGGUUGGCACAUCACAUGCCCAGGGAUUACUGUCAUCAGGUAUUUCUUCAACAUGUCCAGGAAUAAAUAAAAUGGGAAUGCAGGACAGAAGCAAGUCACAAGAAAUGCAGAUCAUUUGUUCAUCUUCUCUAAGCAGUGAGGUUGAAAAAACUACUGGGAUUGAGUUUUCUGAUAAUUCUAACAAGUGCGGUAAUUCUUCCGAGAGGGAGAAAGUUGGCCUUAUUAGCAGUUCCAUUAUUAAGGCUAUCAAAGCAGGUGGUUCUGUUCUGAUACCUAUAAGUCGUAUGGGUUAUAUACUUCAACUAGUGGAAGAGGUAUCAUUAGCACUACAGUCGGCUGGUUCAAGGCAGGUUCCCAUCUUUUAUGUUUCAUCUACCGCUGAAGAGACUUUGGCAUACGCUAAUACCAUUCCAGAAUGGCUUAACAAGCAGCGGCAAGAAAAGUUAUAUGCCGGUGAGGCUUUAUUUGGUCAUAUUGGACUGAUGGCAGAUAAAAGGCUUUAUUCAUUUUCAGCACUUCAUUCUCCUCAGCUUGUAAAUGUGUGGCAGGAACCAUGUAUAAUGUUUGCUUCCCAUUGGAGCCUACGACUUGGGCCAACUGUGCAUUUGCUUCAUCGGUGGAAUCAGAACCCAAGCUGUCUGCUUGUUGUGGUAGAGGAUAUGAUUGAUAUUGAUCUCUUACUUGCUCCUUUCAAGCCAAUGGCAAUGAAACUUCUUCACUGCCCUUUUCCAUCUGGGCUGAGGUCUGAGGAGAUCGUACCACUUAUGAAGAAAUUGCAACCAAAGCUUGUAAUGUUUCCAGAAGCUCUACAUAAAGUAGUGAACAAGAUAGACCUAAAAGAACAUCCAACUUUGUUCUACUGCAAGGGACAAACAUUGCGCAUACCCAGUGUAAAAGAUGACAUUGAAGUAGAUAUGGCAACAGAUUUAGCAUUUCAGCUUAGGCCAAGCCAGGCUGGACAAAGAAAAUCUGCGGUGGCCAAACUGAAAGCAGAACUUCAUAUAGAAGAUGGUCGGCUUUCUUUGAAGUCUGUAGCAUCAGUAAGUGCAUUGACAUCUUUAACAAAAUGGCAAUCUGGACGAGGCAAGAUCCAUCCAGAUGUUUUGUUGGUAGCUUUGAAAGAUUGUGGGUUAUGUGCUUCUGUUGAAUAUGAUUUUACACCUGAAAUUGUUACAACAAACAAUAAAGGCUAUGAUGAAAGCCAAACAAAAUUUGUUGUAAACAUCAGUACCCCAUCAAAAGCGACUAUUGAAGUUAAAGAUAAACAUAUUUUAAUCAAAGCAGAUGAUGCAGCAACACGGGAACGUAUUUACAAGGCUGUAAAUAGUAUCUGAAUCAUGUUCAGAACAAAAUGAAUGAAUUUGAGUCGCUUCAAUAACAUUUAUUGUGGGGAUUGGCUGAUCUUUUCCA